AUCCAAGACAUGCUGCUCCCAUUACAUACUUAUCAUCAUCACCAUAACCUUAAACCAAACACCAAACACAUCACACUCUCUCCUACGUUCCCAAUCCAAGGUACAAGGCCUUCAUCAGUAGUCUUGGAAAACUGCAAAAACUAACAUGGCUGGAGUUUCAUCCCCACCCGCUGAAGUAUUGCUGUCCAAAAGAGUCCAAGAAUUGGUCAUCACCGGUGAGGACCCGUCGGGGCCAUACGUGUGUAGAAACGACGACGACAACGGGGAAUUAGACGCGACAACUGAGAAUUCUCCGAUUCCAGUUGUGAACAUUGGACACUUCUUGUCGGGAAAAUGGUCCGAUGAUGAAAGUGUACAAGAGCUGAAGAAACUCCACUCGGCUCUCUCCACAUGGGGAUGCUUUCAGGGCAUAGGUCAUGGGAUCCCGAGUUGUUUCCUGGACGAGGUACGAAGAGUUGGGAGGGAGUUCUUCGAGCAGCCAAUGGAGGAGAAGAACAAGUAUGGGAAAACGGUGACGGAGUUUCAAGGGUAUGGAGCUGAUCCCGUCCCGGAAGAAGGGCAGUCGCUCGACUGGUCGGAUCGUCUUUUCCUAGAGUUAGUCCCUGAAGAUCAAAGAAAUUACAGAUUCUGGCCUCAGAACCCAUCCUCUUUCAAAGGAACACUGGAAGAGUACUCGGAGAAGAUGAAAACAGUGACUGAGAUAAUAUCCAAAUCCAUGGCAAGAUCACUUCAUCUUGAGGAGACCUGCUUCUUGAAACAGUUCGGGGAACGGGCGCAGCUUGCGGGAAGAUUCAACUACUAUUCGCCUUGCAGGAGGCCUGAUCUCGUGCUGGGGUUGAAGCCUCACGCCGACGGAUCAGGCUACACCGUUAUACUGCAGGAUGAACCCGGCCUUCAAGUACUCAACCAUGGCAAAUGGUAUACUGUCCCCAAGAACCCUGAUGCCCUUCUAGUCCUCAUGGGGGACCAAAUGGAGAUUAUGAGCAACGGGGUGUUCAGAAGUCCGGUGCACAGGGUGCUGAGCAAUGGGGAGAGGGACAGGAUCUCUGUGGCUGUAUUUUACACGCCGGAGGUGGGGAAGGAGAUCGGGCCGGAAGAGGGGUUGAUCAGUGCGGAGGCACCGAGAGUGUUCAAGAUGGUGAAAGAUUAUGCUGACAUUCACGUGGGGUACUAUCAGAGGGGAAUGAGAUCGCUUCAUACUGUCAGAGUUUGAUGCUCUAUAUAUAUAGGGAAAGUUUAGUCCAUCUCGAGUUUGGUCAGAUCUAAAUCAAUUAUAUGUCAAGUCAAUACAUUUGUCGUGAUUAGUGUAUAAUUUAAAAAAAAUGACUAAUCAUGUGACAAAUGUAUCACACUUGCUCUAUAAUUGAUUUAGUUCAAUGAAAGCUGAUAUAGAUAAGAAUUUUGCAUGUAGAUAUGGUGUGUGUUGGAUGCUUUCCAAUGUUUAAAUAAGCAUAUUGCUGCUUGUGAUUUCUUUUGUGUUUGUGCAGUAGAUGUUACUUUAGGGCAGCGUUGGAUUGACUACUUUGUUUUAUCUGUAGCUGCUGUGGUUAAGGCUGUAAUGAAUAAAAAGCCAACGAUCAUUGGUGGCUGAAAUUAGGAAUGUAAGCGGUGUGGAUUGGAUCAA